AUGGAUUGUACAUACAAAACUAAUAGGUACAGAUAUCCACUGCUUCAGAUUGUUGGUGUAACAUCCACUGAAUUGACUUUUCCUGUUGCAUUUGCAUUCAUGGAUCAUGAAUACGAGGAUAACUAUACAUGGGCAAUGGAAAGAUUACAGAGUUUGAUGGGAUCUAAUAUAUUUCCAAGAGUAGUUGUUACGGACAGAGAAUUAGCAUUGAUAAAUGCAAUACACAAAGUGGCUGAGAGUGCACAUGCGAAGCUGAAAAGACAUCUUGGAUCAUCUCAAGGUGAUUUUGAGUCAUCAUGGACAAUCAUCAACUCUCUUAUUGAGUUACAGCAUACUGAGAUCAAAGGAUCGUUUGAGAAGAGCUUAACAUUGGUGCAACAUAAUUUCAAACCAGAAAUUUUCAGAGAAUUACGAGGUAUUAUCUCUAGAAAUGCAAUGAAUAUGGUGUUAAAGGAAACACAGAUAGCUCAGAAAAUUGGGGUGGAUAAGAUUUCAUGUGGAUGUGUGAUAAGAAGUACACAUGGUUUGCCUUGUGCACAUGAAAUUGCAGAGUUCAUCAUUCAAGGACGACCAAUUCCCUUAUCAGUUGUGCAUUCUCAUUGGAGAAAGUUACAUUUGAUGCAGACUAGUUGUGAUGAAGAUAUCUCAUCUCUACUGAUGAUUGAGCCAGAGAUAGAUACCAUAUAUAAGAAGUUUCAAUUAGAAUCAGAGGCAGGUAAAUUGGUAUUGAAACAAAAGUUGAGAGAAUUAGUUGAUCCUGCUACAACUUCAUUGAUGGCGCCAAGUGUUAAAGUUAAAACAAAAGGUAAGCCAUCCUCAAAGAAAAAAUAUCACUUUGAUAGUUCUACCAAGCGUGAUCCAUCUUAUUUUGAAAUAGUACAAUCUUCUCAUGAUAAUACAACCCCAGUAAUACACAGUUCAAGUAAGAUAGGGAAGGAAUGUAAGCAUUCAAAAUCUCGUGUGAAUGUGAAAUAUAGAUUGCGAGGUUAUGAUGAUUCGUUUCCACCAAACGUACAAUAUUUCAUACACAAUAUUAUGAAUGUAGAUUCUGAUGGACAUUGUGGGUUUCGUGCCAUUGCGGCAUUACUUGGCAUGAGUGAGCAAAAUUGGGGAGAUAUUCGUCUUAACCUGAUUGAAGAGUUACAUGUUUUUCGUGCUGAGUAUUCACAAUUAUAUGGAUCUAAUAUGCGUGUAGAUGAGUUAAUGCAUGCACUCUCUUGCUUUGAGUCUGUUGCACCUCCCCAGCACUGGAUGACAUUACCUGACAUGGGACAUUUGAUCGCUUCAAAGUAUAAUGUGGUCUUGAUCCAUUUGUCCAGACUUCAAUGUCUUACCUAUCUUCCGCUGAGAUCAGUACCUCCUCCAUCACUACAACACAGAAUUAUUAGUAUUGGUUUUGUGAAUGAUUGUCAUUUUGUUCAGGUGUUUCUUAAACCAAACUCGCCAAUACCUCAUGUUGCACUCAAGUGA